CCUUCCGGGGCAGAUUGCUGUUGUAGCAGCUGUAGGAAGGGGAGGCCAUUUUCCGUUUCUGAGAAGCGUAAGGAGCAAAGGAAGGGAGAGACAGAGGGGGAAAAAAGGGGGGCUCAGCGCCUCCCUGCCGGGCCAAGAACGGAGGACAGUUUCGGCAGGCGGGGGAGGUCGCUGAGGGCCCGGAGAUGUUUUCCCUGACGAGCACGGUGCAGCCCCAGGUUACAGUUCCUCUCAGUCAUCUCAUCAGUGCCUUCCAUUCACCAAAAACCAUAUCUGUUUCUGUCAGUACAUCAGUUUCUCAAAACCAGCAUAGAGAUGUAGUUCCUGAGCAUGAGGCUCUCAGCAAUGAGCCUUCACUUAAUUUAAGGGACCUUGGAUUAUCUGAAUUGAAAAUUGGACAGAUUGAUCAACUGGUAGAAAAUUUACUUCCUGGAUUUUACAAAGGCAAAAACAUUUCUUCCCACUGGCAUACAUCUCAUGUCUCUGCACAUUCUUUCUUUGAAAAUAAAUAUGGUUACUUAGAUAUGUUCAGUACUUUGCGUUCCUCUUGCUUAUACAGACAGCAUCCAAGAACUCUCCAAAGCAUUUGUUCAGAUCUUCAUUACUGGCCAGUUUUCAUACAGUCUCGGGGUUUUAAAACUUUGAAAUCAAGGACCAGACGUCUACAGUCCACCUCUGAAAGAUUAGCAGAGACACAGAAUAUAGCACCAUCAUUCGUGAAGGGGUUUCUUUUGAGGGACAGAGGAUCAGAUGUUGAGAGUUUGGACAAACUCAUGAAAACUAAAAACAUACCUGAAGCUCAUCAAGAUGCAUUUAAAACUGGUUUUGCGGAGGGUUUUCUGAAAGCGCAAGCAUUAACACAAAAAACAAAUGAUUCCCUAAGGCGAACUCGUCUGAUUCUCUUUGUUCUGUUACUGUUUGGCAUUUAUGGACUUUUAAAGAACCCAUUUUUAUCUGUCCGCUUCCGAACAACCACAGGGCUUGAUUCUGCAGUAGAUCCUGUCCAGAUGAAAAAUGUCACCUUUGAACAUGUUAAAGGAGUGGAGGAAGCUAAACAAGAAUUACAAGAAGUUGUUGAAUUCUUGAAAAAUCCACAAAAAUUUACCGUGCUUGGAGGUAAACUUCCAAAAGGUAUACUUUUAGUUGGACCCCCAGGCACUGGAAAGACACUUCUUGCCCGUGCUGUGGCAGGAGAAGCUGAUGUUCCUUUUUAUUAUGCUUCUGGAUCAGAAUUUGAUGAGAUGUUUGUCGGUGUGGGAGCCAGCCGUAUCAGAAAUCUUUUUAGGGAAGCGAAAGCAAAUGCUCCUUGUGUUAUAUUUAUUGAUGAAUUAGAUUCUGUUGGUGGAAAGAGAAUUGAAUCUCCCAUGCAUCCAUAUUCAAGGCAGACUAUAAAUCAACUGCUUGCUGAAAUGGAUGGUUUUAAACCCAAUGAAGGAGUAAUCAUUAUAGGAGCCACAAACUUUCCAGAGGCAUUAGAUAACGCCUUAAUACGUCCUGGUCGCUUUGACAUGCAAGUUACAGUUCCAAGGCCAGAUGUAAAAGGUCGAACAGAAAUUUUGAAAUGGUAUCUCAAUAAAAUAAAGUUUGAUAAAUCUGUCGAUCCAGAAAUCAUAGCUCGAGGUACUGUUGGGUUUUCUGGAGCAGAGUUGGAGAAUCUUGUAAACCAAGCUGCAUUAAAGGCAGCUGUUGAUGGAAAAGAUAUGGUUACCAUGAAGGAACUAGAGUUUUCCAAAGAUAAAAUUCUAAUGGGGCCUGAACGAAGAAGUGUGGAAAUUGAUAACAAAAAUAAAACCAUCACAGCCUAUCAUGAAUCUGGUCAUGCUAUUAUUGCGUAUUACACAAAAGAUGCAAUGCCUAUUAAUAAAGCUACAAUCAUGCCACGAGGGCCAACACUUGGACAUGUGUCCCUGUUGCCUGAGAAUGACAGAUGGAAUGAAACUAGAGCCCAGUUGCUUGCACAGAUGGAUGUUAGUAUGGGAGGAAGAGUGGCAGAAGAGCUUAUAUUUGGAACUGACCAUAUUACAACAGGUGCUUCCAGUGAUUUUGAUAAUGCAACAAAAAUAGCUAAGCGGAUGGUUACCAAAUUUGGAAUGAGUGAAAAGCUUGGAGUUAUGACAUACAGUGAUACAGGAAAACUGAGUCCUGAAACUCAAUCUGCCAUUGAACAAGAAAUAAGAAUUCUCCUACGGGAGUCAUAUGAACGAGCAAAACAUAUCUUGAAAACUCAUGCAAAAGAACAUAAGAAUCUAGCAGAAGCUUUAUUGACCUAUGAGACUUUGGAUGCCAAAGAGAUUCAAAUUGUUCUUGAGGGGAAGAAGUUGGAAGUGAGAUGAUAACUCUCUGUAUGGAUGCAUUGCUGGUUUUAUUGAAAAAAUAUAAAUAGCAUUGCAGUAGUCUCCUUUUGCAAUGCUUCCCCCUCCCAUUCUUGAUUUCAUAUAAUUCAAGGGUGUGAAACAAUUUUUUUUUGUCACGUUUGUCUAAUUUUCUUUAUUCUCAUGAUGACAUCUGUUGCAAAUUAGUAACCCAUAGCACAUACAUUUAAAAAAAUAAAGAACCAUCAGGAUUGAAAACAAUUUGUUUGAUAAAUAUCAAUCAGUUAUUAUUUUGAUGAUAAUAAUGGUUUUAUGGUUGGGUAUGCUAAUACAUGUGAAUAAAAAUUGUGCCUUUA